AUGGGGAAGUGCGACGGGAGAUGCACGAUGCUGGUGAUAUGUUCACUACAACUGGUGGCCGCCCUUCAGAGGCAGGUGUUUGAUUUCCUGGGUUACCAGUGGGCUCCCAUCUUGGCCAACUUCCUGCACAUCAUGGCCAUCAUCCUGGGCAUGUUCGGCACCGUGCAGUUUCGCUUCAGAUACCUCAUCUUUUAUGCAGUAUGGCUCGUCCUCUGGGUGGGCUGGAACUCCUUCAUCAUCUGUUUCUACCUGGAGGUCGGAAAUCUGUCUCAGGACAGGGACUUCCUCAUGACGUUCAACACAUCUCUCCAUCGUUCGUGGUGGAUGGAGCACGGUCCUGGUUGCCUGGUAACGCCAGUCCUAGACUCUCGCAUGGCCCCUGAUGACCACCAUGUCAUCACCGUCUCCGGGUGUCUCCUUGACUACCAGUACAUCGAGGUGUUGAGUUCUGCCUUUCAGAUCUUGUUGGCUCUCUUUGGCUUCGUGUACGCCUGCUACGUGAGCAAAGUCUUCCAGGACGACGAGGACAGCUUUGAUUUCAUCGGUGGCUUUGACUCUUACGGAUACCAGCCUCCUCAGAAGUCCUCUCAUCUGCAACUGCAGCCACUGUACACGGCUGGUUAACCGUCGGUAGCACCCCCCUCAGGCCAAAACCCCGGCGGCGUCACUGUGGAUGGGAAGUGGC